AUGCGCUUCCGCUACCGUGUCAUCGAGCAGCAGCCGGCCGAGAGCCCUGGGGGCCAUGCCAACACGGGCUUGCCCUGCGUGGGCGGGCUGCGGGAGGUGUCCAGCUGUGCUCACAGCGUGGACUGCGAGGUCUCCGCCUGGACCAGCUGGGACCAGUGCGACAGGACAUGCGGGGGUGGUCAGCAGAUCAGGCAUCGCCAAGUCACAAAGAACCCGAUGAACGGUGGGCUACCCUGCCCCGCUGUGCUCAUCGAGACACAAGGUUGCGCUUUGGAUCCCUGCAGACGCCGGGACUGCAUCGUCACAGAAUGGGAAGGAUGGAGUGGAUGCAGCGCCUCAUGCGGCAUUGGCUACAGGACCCGGUCCCGCGACUUCAAGCAGCGGCCCUGCGAGGGCGGCCGCGGCUGCGACCUGGACCUCGCCAUGGUGGAGCCCUGCUUUGCCCCGGCCUGCGACUGCCAAGACUGCAUCUGGGACGCUUGGAACGAAUGGAGCCAGUGCGACAAGUCCUGUGACGGGGGUCAGACGUGCGGCGGCUCAGAUCUAUGGAGUGCCAGGCAGCCUGUGCCGGCCAUGCUGGGACUUGCGCGGCUACGGCCUAUUCGCGCCUGUUGGAAUGGGGCGCGCCGCGCCUUCUCCUCUUCUGAGGAGCUGGUCCUGGUCGACCGCCGCUCCAGUGGCAUCGCGGUGCUGACGCUGAACAGGCCCAAGGCCCUGAAUGCACUUUCUGACAGCCUCAUGCGUGCCUUGGCAGAGAAGCUGCAGCAGGUGGAUGCUGAUGCCGCUCUCAAGGCGGCAGUGGUUACAGGCACCGGCAAGGCCUUCGCAGCUGGAGCGGACAUCAAGGAGAUGAACUCCAGAAGCAGCUACAGUGACGUUCGACAUGACAACAUGUUGGCGCACUGGUCGGCGGUGUCCAGCAUCCGCAAGCCCAUCGUGGCAGCGGUGGGCGGCUUCGCGCUUGGAGGCGGCUGCGAGUUGGCCAUGUCCUGCGACAUCAUCAUCGCCUCGCAGGCGGCCAAGUUUGGGCAGCCGGAGAUCAAGCUGGGGACCAUCCCAGGCGUAGGGGGCACGCAGCGCCUCAUCCGCGCCAUUGGCAAGUCGAAGGCCAUGGAGCUGGUGCUCACAGGUGAGAUGCUCUCUGCGGAGGAGGCCGAGAAGGCGGGCCUGGUCUCGCGGGUGGUGCCCGUUGGCACGGAGCUGGACGCGGCCGUCGCGGUGGCCGAGAAGAUCGCGGGCUUCUCCACGCCGGUGGCGCAGCUGGCCAAGGAGUGCGUGAACGCGUCGCAGGAGAUGAGCCUGGCCGAAGGCCUGAGAUUCGAGCGGCACCUCUUCCACGCCACCUGGGGCUUGGAGGACCGCAAGGAAGGCUUCGAGGCCUUCGUUGCGAAGCGCAGUCCUGAGUGGAAGCACCGCUAG